AUGAAUGUAUUAGUCUACAAUGGGCCGGGGACUACGCCAGGAUCAGUUAAGCAUGCCGUGGAAAGUUUACGUGACUUUUUGGAGCCUUAUUAUGCAGUGAGUACUGUCAAUGUUAAAGUAUUACAGACAGAACCAUGGAUGUCAAAGACCUCUGCCGUGGUGUUUCCAGGCGGUGCGGAUCUUCCAUACGUUCAAGCUUGUCAGCCUAUCAUCCCUCGAUUGAAACAGUUUGUUAGCAAACAAGGUGGUGUCUUCAUUGGAUUUUGCGCAGGAGGUUAUUUCGGCACUAGUCGUGUAGAAUUUGCUCAAGGUGACCCUACAAUGGAAGUAUCAGGAAGCAGAGACUUGCGCUUCUUUCCAGGAACAAGUAGGGGACCUGCGUACAACGGAUUUCAGUACAAUAGCGAGGCCGGAGCACGUGCAGUUGGAUUAAAUCUUCCAGAUGGCUCACAGUUCUCAACUUAUUUCAAUGGAGGAGCUGUUUUCGUUGAUGCAGAUAAAUUUGACAACGUCGAAAUCUUGGCAACAUACGCAGAACACCCGGAUGUUCCGUCUUCUGAUUCAGGAAAAGGUCAGAGUGAAAACCCAGCUGCUGUAGUGCUAUGUGAUGUUGGAAGGGGUAAGGUUUUACUCACUGGUCCACAUCCUGAGUUCAAUGUCCGUUUUAUGAGGAAAUCCACAGAUAAGCAUUUUCUUGAAACAGUUGUGGAGAGCUUGAAAGCACAAGAAGUCGAGAGAUUGAAAUUUAUGAGAACGAUUCUUACCAAGACCGGAUUGAAUUGUAAUAAUGACUUCAACUAUGUAAGAGCUCCAAAUUUGACACCACUAUUUAUAGCUAGUGCCCCAAAUAAGCAGAAUUAUUUGCAAGAAAUGGAAAACAAUUUAGCUCAUCAAGGAGCGCGUGUUAAAAAUGCUGAGCUCUGCUUUAAAUUAAACGCAGAAACUGAUUCUUUCCAAUUUUAUAGGGGUUAUAGAGCCUCUUACAAUGCAGCGAGCUCGUCCUUGCUUCAUAAAGAGCCAGAUGAGGUUCCCAAGACAAUAAUAUUUCCGGGUGAAAAUGAAGACACUCCACCAUCUCAAUAUACGCCCAAUUUUGACAUGAGAGAGUACUUCAAGUAUCUGAAUGCUCAAAACACUUUAGGUUCUUUACUUUUAUAUGGCGAAGUUGUUACAUCAACGAGUACCAUAUUGAAUAAUAAUAAAUCUCUUUUAGGUUCAAUCCCUGAAAGCACUUUACUUCACGUAGGUACUAUUCAGGUUUCUGGACGUGGGAGAGGAGGGAACACUUGGAUUAACCCUAAAGGUGUUUGUGCUUCAACGGCAGUUGUAACAAUGCCACUUCAAUCUCCCGUAACUAAUCGAAAUAUAUCAGUUGUUUUUGUCCAGUAUCUUUCUAUGCUUGCUUAUUGUAAGGCGGUACUUUCAUACGCACCUGGAUUUUCAGAUAUUCCUGUUAGGAUCAAGUGGCCCAAUGAUCUUUACGCUUUGAGUCCAAGCUACUAUAGGCGUAAAAACUUACAACUGGUUAACACUGGUUUUGAGCAUACAAAGUUGCCCUUAGGUGAUAUCGAGCCUGCGUACCUUAAAAUCUCAGGUUUACUAGUUAAUACGCAUUUCGUAAACAACAAAUACUGUUUGUUACUUGGUUGUGGUAUAAAUUUGACUAGUGAUGGUCCUACAACUUCAUUACAAACUUGGAUUAAUAUCCUGAAUGAAGAACGUCAACAAUUAAACCUUGAUUUAUUGCCAGCGAUAAAGGCAGAAAAACUGCAAGCUCUCUAUAUGAAUAACCUUGAGGUCAUAUUAAAACAGUUUAUUAACUACGGAGCUGCGGAAAUAUUGCCAAGUUAUUAUGAGUUGUGGUUACAUAGUAACCAAAUAGUCACAUUACCAGAUCAUGGCAAUACGCAAGCCAUGAUUACCGGUAUCACGGAAGACUAUGGUUUACUGAUUGCAAAAGAAUUGGUAAGCGGUAGCCGCACUCAAUUUACAGGAAACGUUUAUAGUUUACAGCCGGAUGGUAACACAUUCGAUAUUUUUAAGAGCUUAAUUGCUAAAAAGGUUCAGAAUUAA